UUGAAAUUUACCCAUAAUUAAGUCAAGUCAACUCUGGGGAUGAGUACUUUACAACAAAAACCUCACAGAGCAAAACAAAAUAAGAAACGUACGAAACAGAGCUGAAGGCUUUAGACUUUAAACCUUCCCUGAAUGCUAUAAUACCCCGACAAAGUUCAAUGGCUGGAGCUUAUUUAGCAUUGCUUCAAUUUCUCUUUGUACUUAUCACUCAAUUAUUAUGUGGAGCCAGCAGCCAACCAGAAUUUCAGGAUUAUUAUUGUAGCAACAGCAGCAACACAGCAAAUAGCACCUACCAGAACAACCUCAAUACCCUUUUAUCAAACCUCACUUCCAACAAACAAAUAGAUUAUGGCUUCUACAAUCUCUCUUAUGGUAGUUACCCAAAUACAAUAUAUGCAGUUGGGUUAUGCAGGGGAGAUGUUAUGCCAGACUUUUGCCGUGGCUGCCUCAAAAAUUCAUCAGUUCUGCUGCCACAGCUAUGUCCAAAUCAGAAGCAAGCUUUUGGGAUGUACGAUGAGUGCAUGUUAUCUUAUUCAGACACUUCCAUAGUAGGCAAUCGGGUGGAUCUUACUGUUACAGUCUACAUGUGGAACGUAAACUCUGCGAAAAGUUGGAAUCAGUAUAAUCAGGUCCUUACUGGUUUGCUGCGAAAUCUAAGUAGCAGAGCUGCAUCUGGUGACUCCAGUCUGAAGUUUGCUGCAGGAAAUGAAGAAGGACCUGACCUUCAACAUAUAUAUGCUGUUGUUCAGUGCACACCUAAUUUGAACGAGUCAGAAUGCAAUGCCUGCCUGCUUUGGGCCAUCUCAAAAAUUCCAGAUUGCUGUAAGGAUAGGCCAGGAGGUAGGGUUAUUACACCCAUUUGUAACUUUAGAUAUGAAAGUAGCCGCUUCUAUGCAAUUACAGCUGAUGUACCCUUAUCAGCUCCGUCACCGCUACCGUCUCCCCCUCUCCCUCCUCUGCUUACACCUCCAUCACUUCCAUCCACCAACACAACAUCUUCAUCACCUCCUCCAUAUGCAGAUACAACAUCCUCAGAAGGAAAGAAAUCACAAACUGUCAUUGCCAUUGUUGUGCCAACUUCUGCAUUUGUUGUGUUGCUUAUCUGUGUUUGGAUUUGUGUGAGAGUGAGAAACCAAGGAAGAAAAUUACCAAGUGAGAUUGACGCUGAUGAUUCAAUUGACGUCACUGAGUCAAUACAGUUCGAAUUUGACACCAUCAAAGUUGCUACAAAUAACUUCUCUGAUGAAAACAAGCUUGGACAAGGAGGAUUUGGACCAGUUUACGAGGGCAAGCUCUCCAGUGGAAAAGAGGUUGCUGUAAAAAGGUUGUCUACGAAUUCUGGGCAAGGGGACGUUGAAUUUAAGAAUGAAGUACAAGUAAUGGUCAAGCUUCAACACCGAAAUUUGGUUAGACUCCUCGGUUUUUGUUUGAAAGAAAAGGAACGGCUUCUAGUAUAUGAGCUUCUUCCUAAUAAAAGUCUUGAUCACUUUAUAUUUGAUCCAAUUAGACGUGCACAAUUGAGAUGGGAAACACGCUAUAAAAUUAUAGAAGGAAUUGCUCGAGGCCUUCUUUACCUUCAUGAAGAAUCUCAACAACGAAUUAUUCAUCGUGACCUUAAAGCAAGUAAUAUUCUCUUAGAUACGGAGAUGAAUCUUAAAAUAUCAGAUUUUGGUAUCGCAAGACUAGUUAUUAUUGAUCAAACCCAAGCCAAUACAAAUAGAGUUGUGGGGACCUAUGGGUAUAUGGCACCAGAGUAUGCAAGACAUGGGAGAUUCUCAACAAAGUCCGAUGUUUUUAGUUUUGGUGUACUAAUUCUAGAGAUUGUGAGUGGCCAGAAGAAUGGUGGCAUUCAUAACAUGGAGAAUGUAGAGCAUCUACCAAGUUUGGCAUGGAAAAGCUGGAGGAAAGGGAUAGCCUCUAAGAUUAUAGAUCCCAUGUUAAAAAGUGGUUCAAGAAAUGAAAUAAUGAGAUGCCUUCACAUUGGUUUACUGUGUGUUCAAGAAAAAGCUGCUGAGAGACCACCCCUGGCUUCCCUUGUGCUUAUGCUGAGCAGCCACUCUUUCUCACUUCACGAACCCAUGAAACCUGCAUUUUUUAUGAAUGACACAAGUUUAUCAGACAGACAAUCUGGGGAUUACAGAUAUAAUAAAUCUGCAAAAUCAUUAUCAAUAAAUGAGGCUUCAAUAACUGAUAUAUAUCCCCGUUCAAUGGCCAGAGCUUAUUUAGCAUUGCUUCAAUUUCUCUGUGUUCUUAUCACUCAAUUUUUAUAUGAAGCCAUCAGCCAGCCAGAAUUACGAUACCAUUAUUGCAGCAGCAGCAAAACAGCAAGUAGCACCUACCAGACCAACCUCAAUACCCUUUUAUCAAACCUCACUUCCAACAAACAAAUAGAUUAUGGCUUCUACAAUCUCUCUUAUGGUAGUUACCCAAAUACAAUAUAUGCAGUUGGGUUAUGCAGGGGAGAUGUUAUGCCAGAACUUUGCCGUAGCUGCCUCAAAAAUUCAUCAGUUCUGCUGCCACAGCUAUGUCCAAAUCAGAAGCAAGCUUUUGGGAUGUACGAUGAGUGCAUGUUAUCUUAUUCAGACACUUCCAUACUAGGCAAUCGGGUGGAUCCUAUUGUUACAGUCUACAUGUGGAACGUAAACUUUGCAAAAAGUUGGAAUCAGUAUAAUCAGGUCCUUACUGGUUUGCUGCGAAAUCUAAGUAGCAGAGCUGCAUCUGGUGACUCCAGUCUGAAGUUUGCUGCAGGAAAUGAAGAAGGACCUGACCUUCAAAAUAUAUAUGCUGUUGUUCAGUGCACACCUAAUCUGAACGAGUCAGAAUGCAAUAACUGCUUGCUUUGGGCCAUCUCACAGAUUCCAGUUUGCUGUAAUGACAGGCCGGGUGGUAGGGUUGUUACACCCAUUUGUAACUUUAGAUAUGAAAGUAGCCGCUUCUAUGCAAUUACAGCUGAUGUACCUUUAUCAGCUCCGUCACCACUAUUGUCUCCCCCUCCCCCUCCUCUGCUUACGCCUCCAUCACUUCCAUCCACCAACACAACAUCUUCAUCACCUCCUCCAUAUGCAGAUACAACAUCCUCAGAAGGAAAGGAAUCACAAACCAUCAUUGCCAUUGUUGUGCCAACUUCUGCAUUGGUUGGGUUGCUUAUCUGUGUUUGGAUCUGUGUAAGAGUGAGAAGGCAAGGAAGGAAAUUUCCAAGUGAGAUUGGGGAUCAUGAUUCAAUUGAUGUUACUGAGUCAAUACAAUUCGAAUUUGACACCAUCAAAGUUGCUACAAAUAACUUCUCUGAUGAAAACAAGCUUGGACAAGGAGGAUUUGGACCAGUUUACAAGGGCAAACUCUCCAGUGGAAAAGAGAUUGCAGUAAAAAGGUUGGCUGGGGAUUCUGGGCAAGGAGACAUUGAAUUUAAGAAUGAAGUGCAAGUAAUGGUCAGGCUUCAACACCGAAAUUUGGUUAGACUCCUCGGUUUUUGUUUGAAACAAAAGGAACGGCUUCUCGUAUAUGAGCUUCUUCCUAAUAAAAGUCUUGAUCACUUUAUAUUUGAUCCAAUUAGACGUGCACAAUUGAGAUGGGAAACACGCUAUAAAAUUAUAGAAGGAAUUGCUCGAGGCCUUCUUUACCUUCAUGAAGAAUCUCAACAACGAAUUAUUCACCGUGACCUUAAAGCAAGUAAUAUUCUCUUAGAUAUGGAGAUGAAUCCUAAAAUAUCAGAUUUUGGUAUGGCAAGACUAGUUAUUAUUGAUCAAACCCAAGCCAAUACAAACAGAGUUGUGGGGACCUAUGGGUAUAUGGCACCAGAGUAUGCAAGACAUGGGAGAUUCUCAACAAAGUCCGAUGUUUUUAGUUUUGGUGUACUAAUUCUAGAGAUUGUGAGUGGCCAGAAGAAUGGUGGCAUUCAUAACAUGGAGAAUGUAGAGCAUCUACCAAGUUUGGCAUGGAAAAGCUGGAGGAAAGGGAUAGCCUCUAACAUUAUAGAUCCCACGUUAAAAGAUGGUUCAAGAAAUGAAAUAAUGAGAUGCCUUCAGAUUGGUUUACUGUGUGUUCAAGAAAAAGCUGCUGACAGACCAACCUUGGCUUCCCUUGUGCUUAUGCUUAGCAGCCACUCUUUCUCACUUCAAGAACCCAUGAAACCUGCAUUUUUCAUGAAUGACAUAAGUUUAUCAGGCGGACAAUCCGGGGAUUACAGAUAUAGUAAAUCUUCAAAAUCAUUAUCGGUAAAUGAGGCCUCAAUAACUGAUAUAUAUCCUCGUUAAUUUGAGUUGUAGAGGUGAUACUCUCAAUCAUAAUUGCUGCCAAUAUAACUGAGUGCCUUAAAUUUUUUUUUUUCCAAAGAGAACGAUAGAGUUUUUAAAAUUGCAUAAACAGGAAAGGAUGCAGUGUAUUUUAGUUCAAAAGUUCUCUGUAUUGUAAGUAGAGAAUUUCAUAUCAUGGGAACAAUGCGGAUAAAAACAGCGUUGAUUCUGAUUAUUCAAGGUUAGUUGGCUUGCAGAAAUUGUCGCUUUUUGUAUGAAUGCUCAUGCUUAAUAGAAUCUCACUUGUUUCAAGCAUUAGUUUUCAA